ACUUGUACGGAGCGAUGCAACGUGGAAGAUAUUGCACAGCCUUAGUACAAUGGACAUUCCUUGUAUUCUUUCUGUCUCAAGUGUCCAAAUGUAUUGGAGCAGUGGAGCAAAUACCUGUUUACUCAAAUAUUGAUAACGUGACAAUCGGUGUGCCUCCGUUUGGAAAUGUAACAUUCAAAUGGUCAUUUGGACAUCAGAAUUUUAAACGAGUUGUACUUGCAAUGAGCAACGCAUCCAAUGUCAUUGCGAGGUUAAAGAAUGGAGAUUUCCGUUGUUAUAAUGGCGAGCUCUUGACGCAAACGGAAUGCCAGGAACAUUUCUUAAUAGCUGUGAAUGCAUCUAGUGACCUCAUUAUUGCAAUGACAAAUCUAUCAGAUCCUUAUUUUGGACGCUUUUUAAUAUCCGUAUACCGUGGAAUGGACUCCAAAAUAGACACCGUAUGGAUUACAGUUUACAAGAAAGAAUUAUUACAGCGGAAUACGAACACAACCGAAUCGACUCCAACAGUACUACAUACAAGUGUAUCAUAUACACAUACAGAAGGUUACAUCAUCACCGAGGAGACUAGGCUCAGAGAUCUGCUCCCUAUGAGUAAUGGCUCGGUGAAAACCAACAUUGGUCAGCCAACUGUAGCUGACAUCAGAAAAGAAAAGGCUUCGCAGAGUGGAUGGCGAAUACCUGUACUGGCAAUCUCUGCUAGCCUUUUAGCCUGGCUUGUUAUAACUGGAGUGUCAUAUUACAAGAGAGCUUAGGAAUAUCAAAUUUACUAAGAGGACAAUGAUUCAUUAUUAAGCGUUCUUAAUUUAAUCUGAAUAAAACUUUGAUUCUUUUCCA